CAAAAGCCACAGAGACCAACUGACCGAACAUGCGGCAGCAAGGAGUGCGUUGGUGCCACCUGGCAGUCGUCGUCCUGGCCAUUGCCAUACGGCAGGUGUCCCUGGGCCUCAGCUACGGCGAUCGCCGCUUCCAGUGCCUGCAGACGACCAUUAAGGGCCAGACCAACUGCUCGCCCUGCGCCGAGCUGUACGUCUUCAAUCGAAAGUCCGGCUACCGGCGCUGUGAGCAUGUCAACGGGCAGUGCUACCCGCAACGCACAGUCUUUCCCAACGCCCGCGUGUGCGAGUCCAUCUGCCAGCCGUUCAUCCGGCGGCCAACGCUGCACGAGGUGACCACCUUGCCACCGCCACCCAUCGAGGAGCCCUUUCCGGACAGCGAUGAGGAGUUCGAGUGAGGUUUUAUUAACAAAAAUAAGCUGCUUUUAA